AAAUAUACCACUCUUCCUCUACAAGCCCAACCGGUUCAUCUUCCAUUGCUCUCUUGCAUACUAAGAUAUAUAUAUAUGAUGGAAAGAACCAAUUCUAACCAACAAACAAAGAGGUGUGCAGUAGUUACAGGAUCCAAUAAAGGAAUUGGAUUGGAGAUAUGUCGUCAGCUGGCUUCCAAUGGGAUAAUGGUUGUUCUAACUGCUAGAGACCAGAAGAGGGGUAUUGAAGCUGUUGAGUCUCUCAAAACUUCUGGAUUCCUUGAUAAUGUGGUUUUCCAUCAAUUAGAUGUAAAGAAUCCUGCAAGUAUUGCUUCACUGGCAAGCUUUAUUGAAACCCAUUUCGGAAAACUUGAUAUCUUGGUGAACAAUGCAGGUGAGAUUGGACUGAUCAUAGAUCCUGAGGAUCUAAGAACCUUUCUUGAACGUACUGAAAGUGGCGACUGGUUGGAUUAUGGAAAUAUGGAUGAGAAUGACAAGAUUAUAGUUGAAAAAUUGAAGCAACCUUAUGAGAAGGGUGAAGAUUGCUUAAAGACGAAUUACUAUGGAACCAAAAGAGUCACAGAAGCACUACUUCCCCUCCUUCAGCUUUCCAAUUCAACAAGAAUAGUCAAUGUCUCUUCUAUAGUAGGACAGCUCAAGUUAAUUCACAACGAGAAGAUUAAAGCAGAAUUGGAUAACAUCGAAGAUCUAACAGAAGAGAGAUUGGAUGAGCUAUUGCAAUGGUAUCUCAAGGAUUUAAAGGAGGAUAUGUUGGAGGCUAAUGGCUGGCCUUUAACUUUAUCAGCAUAUAAAGUUUCCAAAGCUGCCAUUAAUGCUUAUACAAGGAUUCUUGCCAAGAAAUUUCCCAAAUUGGGCAUAAACUGUGUUCAUCCUGGUUAUGUGAAAACAAACAUGUCAGGUAACACAGGGAUAUUGACAGCUGAAGAAGGUGCUAAAGCACCUGUAAAGUUGGCUUUGUUAGCUGAUGAUGGCCCUUCUGGGCUCUUCUUUGAUCAAAUGGAAGUAUCAUGUGCAGUAGUUACAAGAUCUAAUAAAGGAAUUGGAUUGGAGAUAUGUCGUCAGCUAGCUUCCAAUGGGAUAAUGGUUGUUCUAACUGCUAGAGAUGAGAAGAGGGGUAUUGAAGCUGUUGAGUCUCUCAAAACAUCUGGAUUCCUUGAUAAUGUCGUUUUUCAUCAACUAGAUGUACAGGAUCCUGCAAGCAUUGCUUCACUUGCAAGCUUUAUUGAAACCCAUUUCAGAAAACUUGAUAUCUUGGUGAACAAUGCAGGUGAGGGUGGAGUAAUGUUUACAGAUCCUGAGGUUGCAAGAACCUUUAUUGAACAUGCUUUAAAUGGUGACUGGUUGGAUGAAAAGAUAGAUGAGAAUGACAAGAAGUUGAUGGAAAAAAUGAAGCAAACUUGUGAGAAAGCAGAAGAUUGCUUGAAGACGAAUUACUAUGGAACCAAAUUAGUCACAGAAGCACUACUUCCCCUCCUUCAGCUGUCUAAUUCAACAAGAAUAGUUAAUGUCUCUUCUAUGCUAGGACAGCUCAAGUUCAUAACCAACGAGAAGGUUAAAGUAGAAUUGGAUAACAGUGACUAUCUAAUUGAAGAGAGAUUGGAUGAUCUAUUGCAAUUGUUUCUCAAGGAUUUCAAAGAGGAUAUGUUGGAGGCUAAUGGAUGGCCAUUAACUAUAUCAGCAUAUAAAGUCUCAAAAUCUGCCAUUAAUGCAUAUACAAGGAUUCUUGCCAAGAAGUUUCCCAAAUUGGGCAUAAACUGUGUUCAUCCUGGUUAUGUGAAAACAGACAUAACAGGUAACACAGGGAUAUUGACAGCUGAAGAAGGUGCUAGAGCACUUGUCAAGUUGGCUUUGUUAGCUGAUGAUGAUGGCCCUUCUGGGCUCUUCUUUGAUCAGAUGGAAGUUUCUACCUUCUAAUUCAACAAUCAAGAG